UCAAUUCUCGAGGGCCUGGAGAGCCCGCUCGAUCGUUGGCUUCCUGCUGUCCGGGGAGUCAGUCGUCUCUUUGCACUGGUAGCCCCAGAUGUGCCGCAGCUCCCCGUCCUUGACGACGAAGACAAAGAAAUCCCAGCCCUCGAAUUGGGGGUUCUUGGGCUUGACGAGGUAAGACACAUAGCCUUUGUUCAAGUCUUUGCGCACUCCAUCGCCAUUGAACCACUCGAUGAGCUGCGGCAGGUCCCUCACUGAAUCUAGCGAUUCCACAAAGCCUCCAAAAGGACAGCCACGACCACUUGUCACCGGAGGCGACAGAAGGGCUGAUGGUAUGCCGGUCAGCAACGAUGUGGGCGACUCGGAUCCAUCCAUUGCCGUAAUGUGGCUGUCCAGCAGUCGCAGAAGUACUGCAGCCACCGCCACCCCCUCCCAGCGCUUUCCAGAGCCUCGGGGCUCCAGCAGCUGUCUCAGGAAUCGGUCCACCUCGCCGACAUCGGCAGCAAACUGGUAGCCAAGCUGCUCCUUGACAUAGAUUGACGUGCCCAAGUCCUUGCAAGCCUGGCCCAGGUAGCAGGGAGGCCACACUCAUCCAUUACCAUAGACGUCCAGAUUCGCCGCCAUCGUGCCGAGCGACUCAAUGUAUGGGGCCUGAGGCGAGGGAGCCUUUAGCUCCCCCACAAUCGCCGAGCGGAUGACAGCUUUGGCUGUAGAUGCGUCGACAAUCGAUGUGCUUUUAGAGAAGUAGUCCAGCACAUCGUCCGCGUCGCGGGAGGUCGCGCUCUGUAGGUACAGCUGGAAGAGCAGCGCAGGUGCUCGGCCAGUCCAGCAUAUCUCCCCUGAAAGGCAAACAUAAAAAGCAGAUACUCAGAGCAAGCUUCCUCAGCUUGUUCUUUGCCAAAAUCUCACCCUGGUCGGCGGAGGGGCUGAUGGCCGCUGCCUCUUUUAGCGUCUCGAUACGCGGGAUUUGGACCUUGUAGACUGUGCGGCCGCUUCGGUUGUGCAUCCAAUAAUACCCGAUGCUUCUCCCCACGGUAGCGACGUGACUACUGAAGAUGAAGAAGCGAUCUUUCGGGCUCAGGCAGCUGGACCUGAUAAAGCCAGCCACCGCUUUCGCCCCCAUCGGGUCCUCUGAUCCCUCCAAAUCCAGUGUCGCCAAGGUCUCCUUCGUGAGAAGCACGUUGAGCUCAUCCACGAUGAGUAUGAGGGGACCGAUGAGCCAUCUCUUCAGAAGAAGCGGAUCAAGAGAGACGUGGUCUCUCCAGUCUUCAAACGAGAUGUCACCCGGGUCCUUGCCGAUCUGCUUCGCCAGACUCGCGACCGUCUCCUCUGUUGCACACGCCCACGUCAUCCGCAGCACCAUCGAGUCCAGCAGAGUCAACUCGCUGCGCUUGUGGAGGUCUUGCUCUGCCUCUGACAUAGCGGUUCGUCCACUGAACGUGAUGAAAAGCACCGGCUUGCCCUUCCGUUGCAGCUCGGCCCCGAGCACCUUCAGACACCGAGUUUUGCCCCCUCUCGCGAACCGCGUCAGCGCCGGAGGGCCCACCCGCAGGACAUCCGUGUCAGCGAGCUCGAAUAGGUGUAGAAUUAAGUUCUCGACCUUUUGCUGCACUUUUUCGAGGCCGACGUACACAUCAGGCUCUGGACGGCAGACUGUCGUCUGGACGGACGGGGAGUCUGAGGCGAGUGUGGGCACAAGUGGAGAGUCGCGCUGACUGCUUGAGUCCGUGAGCUUGUCCAGUGAGAUGAGGUGGCUUUCUGUGAUCGGAAAGUCGCGAAAGCGGCGGGCUUGUCCAACACCGGCGUCUGCAUAGUCAUACGCAAACACAUCGAAGGAAGAAGUGGCGCACAUGCUCAUUGGGCUUGUCCUGUCCCCCGUCAUCCUCACUCAUGUGAAGGACGCGAAGUGAGCUGCCCGCACGGUGAGAGAUAAGGUGUGUGCGUCUGUUGAGGGCCCGGCAACGGUACAACAACGACGGCCGCAAACCUGUCACGGAUGCAGACAGACAUGCAGUCCAACAGUCGUGAUUGUGCAGUCCCAUUUUCAAUACUUAAAUACCUGAGGUGCUCUUGCGAGUCAUAGCCGAGUGCGGAGAUACGAACGCUGAGAGAUCUUGAUGACCUGCAAGGGUGCAUAAGCAGGCAGAUCAACCAGGGAACCAGUGGACUGUGAACCAUGAGGGUGCACUCACGUUCGCCGUGAACAGACGAAACAGACGAAACAAUCAUCAU